CCAUUAUCGCUUCAGAUUUAGAAGUGAGCAACACAAUGGUUGCUUUCAAGUUACUCAUCAUUUCUGCGAUUUGGGGUGCGAUUGCAGCCUGGUCCAGUUAUCGAGCAGCAGCUCUUUCACAUGAGAGGGGAUGGGAAUCAUUAUGGUUUGGAUUCCUUGCUGUUGCUACAUGCUGCAUCUCUAUCCUGUUCUUGUGGGUACUGACCCUUCGUCCAUCUCCCCAGCAGGGAGUUCUGUCGGUCCUGCGCCAAGUGUACUAUGCUGGUACUUCUUACAUCAGAGGAAAGUAUCACCUCUGGCAAAUUAAGGAAGCCUGGGAGAACCCUCACUAUGCUCAGGAACAGUUUCUGUUGAGAACUCUCCAGGAAAAUGGGGACACAGACUACGGAAGGAAGUUCAAGCUCAAGAAAUUCCGGAGCGUAGAAGAGUUCUGCAAGCAUCAUCCGUUGACGACCUACGAAGAUUACAAACCCUAUGUCGAGCGUGUUAUGACCGGAGAGCGUGAUGUUAUGACCAACGUGUUUCCAAACGAAUUUAACAGAACAUCCGGUACGACAGGUCCUUCGAAGUAUUUCCCACAGAAAAAUCACAGGUAUAUCAUUACAAGGAUGUUAGAUAUCACCUAUACUAAUCUCUACAAUCUCUGUCCACGUCUGAGGUUACUUCAAAAGAAGUUAUUUCUAUACGUCCAGCCAGAAAUGUCAGUAACUGAAGGUGGAGGAAGCAUCAGGAUCGCUGUGUCAGUUUACGAGGAAGAUGGUCUGAUAGAAACCUGCCAUACUACACCGCCAGAGGGUUUUUGCAUCCAAUCCAUGAAAGAGGCAAAUUAUGUUCAUGUUCUUUUUGCUCUCAUGGACCCAAACCUGGGUGUGAUCGGUAGCGUGUUUUUAGGUUCAAUCGACGCAAUGAUGAAGCAGCUGGAGAAUUGCUGGAAAGACAUCAUCUAUGAUAUAGAGCAUGGAACAAUCAAUGAGAAAAUGAGGUUCAACGAUGUUCGCAUCAGGUCAGCAUUGGAAAAGGCUCUUGGCAAAGGUCAGCCGGAGAGGGCGGGCGAGCUUCGACAUCAGUUCAUGAAAGGAUUUGAUGGUAUCAUGAAGAGGGUAUGGCCGAACCUAGAGACGUUAUUUGCCAUAGAUAACACUGGAAUUUGGCCGCUUUUCAAAGCAAAAUAUGCUGAAGGUAUAACAUUCGUGAACUAUUCAUACGGAAAUUCAGAGGGGAUGCAUCUCGCAUUUUCCCCGUGGUAUUAUGAGGACAACAGAAGCAUGGUUUUCUUCCCCAACUUCGCCUUCUACGAGUUUAUCAGACUGGAAGAUUCGGAAAAAAGUCAGCCUGAAACUCUUCUCAUAGAUGAAUUGGAGGUCGGGCAGGAGUAUGAGAUCGUCCUCACCCAAGAUAGCGGACUCUAUAGAUACCGGAUUGGAGAUGUCAUACGGAUAACCGGAUAUCACUACAACUGUCCUACAUUCGAAUUCAUAUACCGGAUGGGUUUGAUCCUGAAUUUACGUUAUGAGAAGAUGAAUCAGGUUGUCUUGAAAGAAGGGCUCCAGUCGGCCGUGGGUCAGCUGAAUGAUGUAAUUCUAAUCGACUAUGCAGUGGCCGAGAGCACCCUUAUUCCGAAGUCCUCACCAGCAUUCGAAGAGAGUGAGGACUUGCCGUAUUAUGUAAUUUUCUUAGAACUAAGCAAGAGAGGAAACACAAGUGAAAACGUCGAGACCGAAUUUACGAGUGUUGAUGAGAUCAGAGCUUUGGUGGACGAAGAGCUGCGUGCACGUAACAGUGAUUACCAAGAACUACGGAGAGGAGGCUCCAUAUCUCAUCCCCGUGUUUUAAUCGUGAAAGCGGGAACAUUUGACGAUUUGAAACAAUACGUUGUGAAAACUACCAACACAUCAGCUAACCAGUACAAAGUGCCACGGAGAAUUCGCACUGUCGACACCCUAAGCUUCAUGUAUGGCCAUGCAAUGUAAAUCAUUCCUGUGCAAGUAGGUGCUGCACCUGCAUCUUUGAGCCCCGGAUACACAUGCGUCGGGUUUUAUUCAAGCAGCCUCCGACUUUGCAACCGCCUUCACGCCUGCAAUGUUAGUACUGAUACACUUAUGCCGAACGUUGAGGAGCUGACGCCGCCGCGAGAUAUUUAUCUCCUCAAAGCCGGCCUCAUGUCGCCUAUUCACGUGACACAGGUCACCUGACUAUGAAUUUAUUGUUCGUUAGCUAUAACCAUUGUCAGUGGCGUAAUGAGCCAAAAAUCGUGAGGGGUUUAUCGCUUAGAAUUAAUAAAAAAUUAGAACUUGCGAGCAAAGCGAGCAAAAAUUUCGACAUUUUCAUUACAAAAAAAAGCCGAGCUUGUGAUUGAUUUUGAUAUAAUAUUCGGAAAAUGUUUUCCGAAUCUAUCGUUUUCACCCUUAUCCCUUUUCUUUUCGUUCCCUUUCUCCUUUUUUUUUUCUUGGCCCAUGGCCAUUAUGCAAGUCCACUUGAAGGUGAUACACAUACCAAUCUCAGGACUGAAGCCGGCGAGAAAGCGCACUCAAACCACAUCCAAAGGUGAACACAGUCCAAUAUAGUCCAGAUUGGACCUUGUUGUUUGGAAGUGCCCUUUCCCAAAGCUUACAUAGACAGCACAUGACUCCCAGUCUCGAAUCAGCGACAAUCCACUCAUCUUUGUUGGGGAGGGAAGAUGAGUGGAUUGGCGCUGAUUA